AUGGCUCUAAAGAUUAACGGCCUCGGCAUUAUGCCCGAGGACACACGCAUCUGCGUGGUGAUGGUUGGGCUCCCGGCCCGAGGAAAAAGCUAUAUUGCCCAGAGAGCUCAGCGAUACCUCAAAUGGCUGUCGGUGCCCGCCGCGACUUUCAAUGUCGGUAACUACCGCCGAACCAACGCCCCCCACCCGCCGGCUAACUUCUUCGACACCAAUAAUGCCGAGGGCGAACGCCAGCGCCGGGCCGCCGCCGAUGCUGCUAUUACAGACAUGCUGAAAUGGUUCAAGAGCGGCGGAGUCGUGGGGAUCCUAGAUGCCACCAACAGCACCAAGGAGCGACGGAAGUGGGUCCUCGAGCGCAUCACCAGCGAGGGAAUCGAAGUCAUCUUUGUUGAGUCGAGAUGUGAUGAUGAGGAGCUCGUCAUGGCCAACAUUCGCGACGUCAAAACCAGCUCGCCGGAUUACGUGGGCCAGGAUCCAGAGCAGGCGACGCUAGACUUCCGCGAGCGGAUUCGCAACUAUGAGAAGGUCUACAAGUCCAUCAACGAAGACAAGGACGAAGACCACUUGACCUAUCUCAAGAUCAUGAACGUUGGCAAGCAGGUCUUCAUCAACCGCAUCCAAGACUACCUCCAAAGCCGCGUUGUGUACUUUCUUAUGAACCUACAUAUCCGUCCGCGUUCUGUCUGGCUGUCUCGACAUGGAGAGUCCAUGUUCAAUCUAGAUGGUCGGAUCGGUGGCGACGCGAAACUUUCCCAUCGUGGCGAGGAGUAUGCCCGGAAGCUUCCUGAAUUGGUCCGCGAGUCUGUUGGUAGCGACCGACCAUUGACCGUUUGGACCUCAACCUUGAAGCGAACCAUUGCCACGGCGCGCCACCUCCCAAAACAUUACAACCAGCUGCAAUGGAAAGCCUUGGACGAGCUCGAUGCGGGGGUCUGCGACGGCCUGACAUAUCAGGAAAUCGCUGACCAGUACCCGGAAGACUUUGCGGCUCGUGACGAAGACAAGUACAACUACCGUUACAGGGGCGGGGAAAGCUACCGUGACGUCGUCAUCCGACUAGAGCCUAUCAUCAUGGAGCUCGAGCGCAGCGAAGACAUUCUCAUCAUCUCUCACCAAGCCGUCAUCCGGUGCAUCUACGCCUACUUCAUGCAGAAGACGCAGGAGGACAGCCCCUGGGUGCCCGUGCCCCUGCACACCCUCAUGAAGCUCACCCCGCGCGCCUACGGUACCGAGCUGCAAACCUACAAGGCCAACAUCAAGGCCGUCAGCACCUGGCGCGGUAAGGGAAGUACCGCGAAACAUGAGGAUCCGUCACCGGAAGGCGGCAUUUGA